GAGCUUCUCCUGCGUGCCCCGCCCUCUCAAAGCCGCGAAGCUGAGGUGGGCUUCGCGGGUUGGAGCUGAGGAGCCCAGUGGCAGGUCAGCUGUGUCUUCCUCCCUCGUUCCGACCCCUCGCGCUCCAGGAGUCGGUGUUCUCUGCUCAGGGGUCGCUAGUCGCCUGCCGCAUUCCCUCGCGGGGCCGGACGAUGGCGGCGCGGGGGUCGGGGCUCCACGCGCUCCGCCUUCUCCUCCUUGUUCAGCUGGUGGCUGGGCGCUGGGGUCCCGCCUGCGCGGGGCUGGGCUCGCCGGGAGGAUUAUCUGAACCAUCCUCUGUUGCAAGACAUGAAGACAGUUUGUUUAAGGAUUUAUUUCAAGACUAUGAAAGAUGGGUUCGUCCUGUGGAAUACCUGAAUGACAAAAUAAAAAUCAAGUUUGGCCUUGCAAUAUCUCAAUUAGUGGAUGUGGAUGAGAAAAAUCAGUUAAUGACAACAAAUGUCUGGUUGAAACAGGAAUGGACAGAUGUAAAAUUAAGAUGGAACCCUGAUGACUAUGGUGGAAUAAAAGUUAUACGUGUUCCUUCAGACUCCCUCUGGACCCCGGACAUUGUUUUGUUUGAUAAUGCAGAUGGACGUUUUGAAGGGGCCAGCACAAAAACAGUUGUCAGGUACAAUGGUACUGUCACCUGGACACAGCCAGCAAACUACAAAAGUUCCUGUACUAUUGAUGUCACAUUUUUCCCAUUUGAUCUCCAAAACUGUUCCAUGAAAUUUGGCUCUUGGACGUACGAUGGAUCUCAGGUUGAUAUAAUCCUAGAGGACCAAGAUGUAGACAAGACAGAUUUUUUUGAUAAUGGAGAAUGGGAAAUUGUGAGUGCAGCGGGGAGCAAAGGAAACAGAACUGACAGCUGCUGCUGGUACCCCUACAUCACUUACUCCUUUGUAAUUAAGCGACUGCCUCUCUUUUAUACCUUGUUCCUUAUUAUACCCUGUAUUGGGCUCUCAUUUCUGACAGUAGUUGUCUUCUAUCUUCCUUCAAAUGAAGGUGAAAAGAUUAGUCUGUGCACUUCAGUCCUUGUCUCUCUGACUGUCUUUCUUCUGGUUAUUGAAGAGAUCAUACCCUCCUCUUCUAAAGUAAUACCUCUGAUUGGAGAGUACCUGGUGUUCACCAUGAUUUUUGUGACCCUAUCAAUUAUGGUGACUGUCUUCGCCAUUAACAUUCACCAUCGCUCUUCCUCAACACACAACGCUAUGGCACCCUGGGUCCGCAAGAUAUUUCUUCACAAGCUUCCCAAACUGCUUUGCAUGAGAAGUCACGUAGACAGGUACUUCACUCAAAGAAAGGAAACCGAGAGUGGUAGUGAACCAAAAUCUUCAAGAAACACGUUGGAAGCUGCACUUGAUUCUAUUCGCUACAUUACAAGACAUGUCAUGAAGGAGAAUGAUGUCCGUGAGGUUGUUGAAGAUUGGAAAUUCAUAGCCCAGGUUCUUGACCGGAUGUUUCUGUGGACUUUUCUUCUGGUUUCAAUUAUUGGAUCUCUGGGUCUUUUUGUUCCUGUUAUUUAUGAAUGGGCAAAUAUAAUUGUACCAGUUCAUAUUGGAAAUACAAAUAAGUGAAACUUUGAAGGGUUUGAAUUUAGUUACAAAACAUAUAUCUAUCAUGGCAUGUCUACACUUAGGCAAAUAUAAAGUUGUGUUUAAAAUAUGAUGUAAGCUAACAUUGGUUUGCCUAAUAGGGUAUACAUUAGUACAUCUACCUGCAUGGCUGAAGUAAUGACUAAAAAUAACAGCAAAAUAUUAUCCAAACUGUACUAGUGAAAAUCUAGUGUUUUCCUAGUUUGUAAUCAAUAGUGAUGCUCAUCUUUUGGUUUUUUGUUUGUUUGUUUGGUUGGUUGGUUUUUGGUGCUGGGGAUUGAACCAAGGCUUGGCACAUGCUAGGCAAGUGCUCUACCCUCGGAGCUAUACCUCGAACCUAAGCUCAUCUUUUGAGUGCUGGAAAAUUCUAGUUGUGUUUGAAGACAUAUUCUAAAACUUCUUCAGGAUUUGGUAAAGGUAUACUUUUUUUUUUUUUUGAGAUGUGAUCUUGAUAAAGUGCCUAGACUGGCCCCAAACUCUUGGGCUCAAGUGAUCUUCUUGCCCUCAACCUCCUGAGUAGCUGGGACUACAUGUAUGUGUCAUUUGUGCCAGGCUAAGGGAUACCUUUAAAAAUUCUUUCUGUCCUAUAUUUAAUAAUAACAGCUAAUCUUCAGUGUAUUCUGCUCUCAUAAGUAAGCUGAUUACUCAGUAUAAGAGUGACUUAAAAUGAUGCUGCUAUUCUAUAACCAACAUUUUUAAUAAAUGAAAAAUGGAGAUUGGACACUCCUUUAAGGCUUUAUUCUUUAGAUGUUUAAACCAAGUAAAUAUUUUAUUAACUAUCUUUAUAGCUUUCCUUCCAUUGUAAAAUCACAUACCAGACAAUUCUUGUCAACGUGCAGGAGCAUGUUCUUAACAUUAAUUUCAACCCCCUUGUACAUAUUCUCCACAAUUAAUAGAGCCAUCUAUACAAACUAGGGUGGCAUCUCUUUAUCCUUGAUCUCAGAAGAGUUCACUGUAAUUACAUAAAUUUAAAAAAUUUUAAAAGCAUGUCUAUGUCUAGAACAUUCUAUGAGAAAACCAUCUUCUAAGCUUAAAGAUGGUAUUCUAAUUUGGUAUAAGCAUAUUAUUACAUAUGUAAUACUUGCUUUCUUUCAUUUCAACAAUUACAAUAAUAGAGUAUUGGAGUUGCAGGAUGUUUAGAUUUAAUCUAGUCUUAGCCUUUUACUAGUACAGUAUAUAUCAGUAAGUAUAGUACAUCAUCUCCAAAUGUCCCUGACUCACCUGUAACCAGGAAGAAAACACUGAUAGAAACCUUGCGUUAAAUUUAGAACUCUUGGCUGUUGAGAUAGUAAAUGCAUUAUUUAUUUAUAGUAAGAAACCCAUCUAUCUUCAAGUCAACACUCUUUGGAGGGAAAAGGAGACCCUGUCAAAUUUACAUUUUUACUAUAGGCAAGUGUUUAAUGCCACUUAAUGAGUGAAAGUUUGUGCUACAGUUUGGAUAAGUGUUCCCAAAGGCCUGUGUGUUGAAGGCUUGGUUGCCAGCCUGUGAUGUCAUUGGAAGGCUAUUAGGGGUAGAGCCUAGUAUAAGGAAGUUAGGACAGUAGAGGUGUGUCCUUUAAGGGAAUACUGGGAUACCAGGCCCUUCCCACCAACCACCUCUCUGCUUCUUGGCCACUAUGUGAUAAAUAGCUUUGUUCUACCCCAUGCUUCUCACCAUGAUGUGCUCCUUGCUACAGGCCCCCAGAACAACAUGACAAUUGACCAUGGACUGAAACCAUGAUAAUCUUUUCUUCCUUUAAGUUGAUUAUCUCAGGUAUUUUGUCAGUGACAGAAAAAUAAUACAGAAAAUGAGUAUCAAGAAAUCAAGUCUUUGGUCAGGUGUGGUGUGCAUGCCUGUAAUCCUAGUGGCUCAGAACGCUGAGGCAGAAGGAACACAAGUUCAAAGCCAGCCUCAGCAAUUUAGUGAGGCUAUAAGCAAUCUAGUGAGACCCUGUUUCAAAGUAAAAAGGGCCAGGGAUGAGGCUGAGUGGUUUAGUAUCCUUGAGUCCAAUCCCUGGUACAAAAAAAAGAGUCAUUGCUAUGACUAUUCCUGACAGUGCCAUUCAGAAGCAUUUGAAAUUGGAUUGUGGGAAGAAUUUGGAAAAGUUUGGAGAAGUAGAGAAAGCCUAUAAUGCUAUAAACAGAUUAACAGGUGUUUCUGGUGAGGUCUCAGAAGACCAGAAUGCUGAUAGAAAUGUGGACAGUAUAUGCUUAUGGGGGUUCCAAUGGAAAUAAAGACUCUAUUUGGAAUUGGAUUUUGAGGCCACUGUAUUAUAUUGUGGCAAAGAAUCUGGAUUCAUUUUGUCCAUGCCUAAGACUUUGUGGGAGGCAGAGCUCAAGUGUGAUGGACUGUUUUAUUUGGCAGAGGAAGUUUCACAGCGGCACAACAUUCAGGCUCAAGCUUUGGUGUGGGUAUUACCGGCUGUUUUUAGUCAGAUUUACAGUGAGAGUUGGGAGCAAAAAAAAAAAAAAA